UAAGUUAAAAUUUAAAUUUAAACUAAUACAAAGUUUACUUCUAAUGAAUUUAUAGUAAAAGAAAGUUUGGCUCCAGCACUUCAGAAUUUUUUUGAAGCUAUCACUCAUACGUGACUUCGUAGAGCGUAAAGUAAAAGAUGAGGGCAUCACAGUAAGAAAAACAAGAAAUUAGAAAUCAGAAAAGGGUUCAGAAAUCAUUUUGGAAAACUGUAGGGACUUUUGGGAAAUUAUUUUCAAAGCAUUAGUUGCGAACAAGAAGGACUCGUGGUACACCUAAUUCUCAAACUCUCCAAACUAAAAUAAUUUUAUCUAUUGCUGUGUUAUUAAAAAAAAAAAAAAUAGCUCAAAGUGAUGGUGCUGAUGAUGAUUUCUACAAAUUGGGUUUUUGGUUUCAAGUCUUAGCUUUUCGUCUCCGUUGGUAUGAUCAAUAAAACCGAUGAUUACUAUGAUGCUUUUGAUUCUAUUUACAUUUUCUUAUCCAUAUAAAGUUUGAUGCGAAAAUUGUUCUUUGUCUGAGGACUGAAAAAGCUGUUGCCGGUUCUUGCAGAGGUCGAACUUUUUUAUUUUUGUUUUUUCGAUUAGGUGCGUGAAGAUUUGAUUUUUUAGAUGAAACACGAUGAUGGGAUUUGGGUCUUAUGGUGGAAACGCUCAUGGAGGAGGAUCUUCAAAUUUAUCAGCUUUAGCUCCGCCUUUCACCGUCGACCGAUCCAUCCCAAAACCUACAGCUACCACACUUGUUGAUUUGGGUGAACCCUUGAAUUGGCUUGAUACUUUUAAUUCACCCCAACCUGUUCAACUGGCUCAGUUGGAUUUGGACCCAAUUCCCACUACAUAUAACCAAAAUUCGGAUCUUUUUGAACCCAAAACCUACUAUCCUUCCUAUGUCUCACCACGCCUUCCUGUGCCAACUUUCAAUGAGCAGAGCUUGUCCGGCCUGGACCAUACGUCUCAACGGGGUGGUGGCUUGUGGGAUUGGGAGAAAGGGAAGGCGGCUCAGCAUGGCGGGAGUUUUUAUUCAAAGGAUACGAAUGUAGCUCCUUCCGCUAUUUACACGGACCGUAUCAACCUUGGAGCUCAUCCCCCCAAAAGCCUUAAGACAUGUGAAGAAACUUCACAUAAUAUUUAUUCACUAGGUAGGGAAAAUCAAGUUGGGUCUCCUAGUAUAGAAAAACUAGAUUAUAACCCUCUGGUGGGGCUAAAUCACUCAUUCAUGCCUGUGGAUUACUUGAAGACAUCAGUUGUCAGGUCCAGUUCUGGACUUUCUGAACCAGAUUUGCAGGUGCCUCCCUUAAAUCUAGUAAAUUGCAAGAACAAUGAAGUGUCAUUCAGCACUCCAUAUGAGAAACCUGCGAGACAGCAUGGUACUACUCCAAGUGAUAGUAUACUUGCCAUGAAGUCUUCACCUGGGAUUGUUAUUAGACCACCAGCUGUUGGUGCCUGCUCUUCAGCAUCCAAUACUGUUUCAGUCAAAAACGUUAAUACUGGCAUCAAUGGAACUGAUACAAAUUUGACCGGCAAAAAUCCCUCUUAUUCGAAGGAACCUAAUUAUUUGUUAAACUUUGGUAGCAAAAAUGAGUUUGACCCAAGUCAACUCAGCAUUCUUCUUGAUGGACGUUGUUAUUUGUCUGGGGAAUCAUCAGCAACAAAGACUGAAAAGCUGUCAACAUCAAAUAUGGCCUCUAAGGAUGCUUCUGAUCAUUUGUUCAGAGCAAAAUCUGGAGUUACUUUUUCUCGAAUGAGUCCAAAUAAUUUCAGUCUGGCAUUUGAUAAUAAUGAAUCAGUCAUUGUUUUGGGGAAUUCUUUAGAGAGGUUAGAUCAUUACAACCCUCCUGUUGACUCACCUUGCUGGAAAGGAGCUCCAGCUUCUUAUAAUUCCCCAUUUGGAUCUUCUGAGCCUGUGUCUGUGCAGCUUGUAAAGAAACAUGAAACAUGUGAUGGUUCAAAUGGUCAAGCACUUAAAUUUAUCCCCCUGAAUACUGCUAAUGCGGAAGAUGGUUCAGUCUCUUCUCUGAAAUUGUCUUCAGUCUCUAUCCCAUCAUCUGGAGAAUAUCGACCUGAUGAUGCUGGAAAAGCAGGAUACUAUCACAUAAAAACAAGUUCUGCAUGUGAGAUCAAAUUCUCUGAUGAUGCAAGUGAACUAAAGAAAGAUUAUGUCAUGUUUAAGAAGUCAGUGGAUGAGGUUGAGAAGGCAUCUUUCACCAUUCAACAAGGUCUUGCUGAAAGUAGAUUGGCUUCUAAAAAUUUGUGCACAUCUGAGACGGGUGUUGCAGAUCUUGAGAGGAAGAUAAAUGAUAUCUCAAGUGGUGGUUCAUCUCAUAUGUCAUGCCAUGCUGUGAAAAACCUCUCGUGCUCACCUUCCUCUGUAGAAAAUGUUUGUACUAGGCAUUCUAAAUUCUUAGGCAAAGAACCCGUUUCAAAUAGCAGCACCAGUGUUCUAGUAGAUACCAUGCAUAACCUGUCAGAAUUACUUCUGUAUCACUGCUCCAAUGAGACAUGUGAAUUAAAGGAACAAGAUAUCAAAUCCCUUGAAAAAGUAAUCAACAAUCUUGAUACAUGCAUGUCAAAAAAUAUUGGACAAGAAUCAUUUUUUAGUGAGCUUCAUGAGGGCAUAAGCAUGGGGAGGCCCCAGGUGGCAGCUAUUGAUGUUCUGAGUCAGUAUGUACAAGAGAAAGGGAAGCAUUCUGGUAAGAAAGAUGAGAAAUGUUCUGAUUUCGUUUCUGUCAAGAGUGGCCCAGACAUAAAAGUGAAAAAUGAUAAGAUGACCCAGGCUAUAAAGAAGAUUCUUAUUGAGAAUUUUCAUGAAGGGGAAGAGGCACAACCAGAAGUUCUCUUGUAUAAGAAUCUAUGGCUUGAGGCAGAAGCUGCUUUAUGUUCCAUCAGUUACAUGGCUCGCUUUAAUAACAUGAAGAUAGAAAUAGAAAAAUGCAAAUUGGACUGUGAAAAAGAUUUGUCUGAAGAUGCACCAGAUGAGGAAAAAAUAUCGAGUUCUAAAUUUUUUGCUGAAGUAAACACUGAUAAAAAAUUAACAGCAGUGGCUGAGACUGGACCUACCCCUGCUGUUUCUAACCAAAAUUCUCCUAUCGAAAGCUCCAGCUACCAUGCUGAUGAUGUAACAGCCAGAUUUCAUGUACUAAAACAGCGGCUUAACAAUUCAAAUUCUGUUUGUAAAGAUGUGGAUGAACUCUCGAGCUCCAAGCAUUCUUUGGAUUUGGAUGAAGUUGACAAAUUGGCAGCUGAAGUCAAGGAUAUUUCAACCCGGUGCCUGUCAUCCCAAGACUCCGCUGUACCAGGAACGGCCUGCCGUACAGAUGAAAUUGAAGCCUUUGUUAUGGCUAGGUCCCAUAUUCUGAAAAGCCAUGGCAUUGACAAUUUGGAUUCUGAUGAGAUAGGAAGGAAACUACUGCCGGAAGUUGUUGAUCUUGGAUUUGCAGGAAAAAGAAAGCAAAUAGCCAUUGAUAAAGACACAGCUGAGGAUGUGAUUUCGGGUGCUAAUCUGGAAUUAGUUUCACAGCACCAAGUGGCCAACCAUGCAGGAGAACAGUUAGUUGUGAAGGAUUUUCAUCCAUGUGUCCAGCACGAUUGCAUGAUACAAUCUCCUCACUACGCUUUCAAAUAAACUCUCUGCAGGUUGGUAUGACAGCUGUUCUUCAGACUGGGAACAUGUGUUGAAGGAGGAGCUUUCAGGACAGAACAGUUGAAUCUAAAUAUGGUCCAGGCUGUCCCUUUGGGAACAUCCAAUAAAAUUGGAAUGAUACAGAGAAAAUUAGCAUGGCUCUUGUAUAAGGAUGACAUGCACGAAUCGAGAAAUGGUCCAAAAAAUUAUGGUGAAUGAUAUCUUGUUUCCUCUUAAACAUUCGUGUAAAGUUUGUGGAAUACCAACCGUGAGUUGCUCAGAACAUGACUGCUCUCCAACCUUGUAAAAAAACUGCUAAAAACUUAUUUUGAAUAAACCUUUUAUGAAUCUUGCUUUUCUUGUGCGAUUUGGGUAACCCUCUCCUGGAAGCUUUUCAAUUCUUCUUGGUUUCGUGUGUGCUAGCUAGCAAAUGUAUUCUUGUGUAAAGCGGUCUCUGGCUGUUCAUCAUGGUAUUGGUCUAUUGAAAGGCAGUAAUUACAGG